CUCUGAUGCCCGUUGAGCCUUAGUACAGUUGAAGUCGCAAAGACCUGAAAAUGGGUCUGAAAUUUUCAGUAACCUGUGGGCUCUUCGAGCUGAUGCUGUUGACCCUGUUUGCUGUUCUGGUUAAAUAUGGGGAGCGUGCUAUGCCCCCAUCGCGACGAAUAAGCCAGGACGUAAACAAAAGCUCUGAAGUACACGUUCACACGGGUCCUGAGAAUGAUGUGCCGAUUCUCUAUCCUUGUAAGUGAAAUGUGCAUCGUUAUCUCUCUAAUACUUAGGAUAAAGAGGAGCCACAUUGUACUGUUUGGUCCUUACCCUACAAAGUGACACAAAUUUUUUUCACGAAAUAAGUCGAACACGUUUUGUCCUCAUGUUCCGUCACCCUUCAGUAAGUCAGUGUUUUUGUUUUAUGAAACAGUGAGGCCCAGCAUAAAGUUCGCUAUGGUUCAAUGAUAAAAAAUAGGGGCGCGAAACGCGAAAGUCUGAAGUUCGAUUCCUCAUGGGGACUCUGAAAUUUUUCUUGGACCUACGCUAAAGACAAGACGAAAAAACACCCUUCUUUAAUGUUAAAGGGUUGAUAAGAAUGAAAAUUAUUUACUUGAAAUGGAAUAACAAAAUCAUUCAGCUGAGAUGAAUUUAAGCUAUCGACACUUGCGUUCUAUUAGUCGGGUUGGCUGACCUUAAUUUUCAAAAAAUUGCGCAAAGACCGUAUAAACUUUAGCGUGAAAAGAGUUUUUGACGUUUUUAGAUGAAACACACAGUUGGACAGUUUCUGUAGUAAACGAUAGUCACUUGCUGGAACAUGUAGUAAAAUCACCGGUAGAAAGAUUAUUGUUACAAUUUUCCUUUUGUCUUGUCAUAUAAAUUUUUAAAUUGUAUUUAAGAGGACAAAAGAACCAUGUCAGAUUUUUCAUUUUAUUUUCAAAGCAAAAUUGAUCUAUCAUGAUCUAUCAGUAGCUUGAGUGCUUUCUUUUCUAUUUACAUGCCGGCUUUCACCGUCUCAUUACUAAUGUCCACUGCUUCGUGAGACCACGUUUUUCUGGUCGAUCUGGGUCCAAUGAUCAACCCGCAAGAGUCUCAUGAUCACCAGUCAAAACCGCGAAACGACUCGUAUUCGUUACCACGAUACUUACUCUUUUCUUGUGAUCGAUGUAAGGCACAAUUCCGUAACUUUGCGAUAUAUUUUCCUUCCCAAGGGGACAUAGAGGAUAUUACAUCGCCGCGCGUGCACGUGGAUACAAAUUGUAUCUUCGAGUAUUCGUAACACCUAUCAACAAAUAAACAUGUAAACACCCUCGCCUCGCGCUCACUUUUACGCGCGCGAAGGCUCUUGCUUCCACACACAGCUCUUGUUCGGUUUGCUCCUGUGCGCGUGUGUUUAUAAUGGAUACAUGCUCGCCUGGCGCAAAACCACACGCACGUCUUAGCCUUUGACCUUUAUUACUUCUCAAAGAAAAUUGGUUCAACUUUUUCCUUUUUUGAUUCUUCUGCUUUAAUCUGCUCCUUAAUUUUAGUUUCGAUUGAGGAGAUAGAUCAAACAUUCGAGACAGCAUUCAGUCAUAUUCGCAAACGUGUCGAAAGUCGUCAAAAAUACACCGUUACACGUCAUGUUUUCAACUGUUAUCAUGAUUGUUUCGCUUUUCUUGCUGUCUCGCUUCAUUUUUUUUCUUACGUGUCUUCUGUUUCCUUCUACAGUCUUUCAGGAUGUUAACGUUAUCGUCUUUUUUGGCGUUGGUUUAUUGAUGACCUUCCUAAAGAAGUAUGGUUAUAGUGGUGUGGGAUACAACUUCUUCAUUGCAGCCCUCCUUUCCCAAUGGGGUGCAAUUGUAAAUGGCUGUUUUAAUCAGAUUUACAUCGAUGGAAAAGACCACAUUGAAAUUGGUCUGAGAAGGUAUGUAUAGGUAAUCACAUGAUUUCGAGUGCAAUUUGGAAUAAAUAAGCACGAGUAAAUUUUUUCAAAGACUAACAAAAUUGCACGAGCCCGUAAGGCGAGUGCAGUUUGUGGUCUUUGAAGAAAAAUCAUGUGAUUACGAAAUAAUAAUAUACAUGAAAAGAUACGAGAUAGCUUAUCAUAAUUAUACAGAAGCAAAGCGCGCGCAUCAAGUGCAAAAAUAAUUUAUUCAAACCCUGCAAGUGACAUGGUACUUUCGGUCAAAACAACCGCGUACGAUCUAAACAAUAAUAUACAAUGAUAUUUUCACAUAUUUAAGGCGUAAGAAGGUUCAAAGUCCAGCUAAACAGUUCAAGGAGUUGUUCAGUCUGGUUUGUUACUUCUUUGCACUGAUUUAACCCUCUUCUGCAUUGAAUUACCUGAAAACUGCAUUUAUCUUAACCAAUCAGAAUUGAGUAAUUUUUUCAUGUAUUUUGUUAGUGCCAAAAAGAUCCAAAAGUCGUAUUUCACCGUUUAUUCUCUAUAAAGACUUUAUUAGCAGGCUAAGUACAAAAUGAAUAUUUUUUUCUUUUUCUUUCUGUGCCCUAUAGAAAGUAUUGAAAUUAAGUUUACUAAUCUACCCACCAUGUUGUCUGGCAUAAUUAAAGGUAUAAAUGUGUGAGAGUGGAACAAAUAGGCUCGCAGCCCGUGCAUAAUUACGAAUGCAACGAUUUACUUCUUAUGCUUUCGCUUCGUCUGAUUUCAAUGCAGUUUGAUAAGCGCGGAGUAUGCCGCCGUUACUGUCCUCAUCAGCUUUGGAGUGGUCUUGGGAAAAGUGAGCCGCCUGCAACUACUUGUCAUCGGUAUCCUGGAAAUAUUAUUCUAUGCCGUCAAUAAUUUGUUGGCAGUCAAAUAUCUGAAGUACUCCGACGCAGGAGGGUCCAUAUUCUUGCAUGCGUUUGCGGCGUAUUUCGGUUUAGCCUUGUCGUGGAUACUUUACAAUGAAAAUUCUUUGGACAAUUAUAAUGAAGGAUCCAGUUACCAUUCAGAUAUUUCUGCUAUGAUUGGUAAGAUAUAAAGGUAUUAUCCUGAAACAAUUCUCUAGGUAUUUGCUUAAGUAUGUCACAGCAGUCACACACACGACAAAUUGAAUCGUAUUUGGCUCAGCUUACAGAGCAGCUGUUGUUUCUAUGUGUUUUUUAAAAAGAAAUAGUGCGGGAAAUACGCGCGUAAGAUGCACGGAGUGCGAGCAAAUCAACCGCCUAAUCCCUACUCGAGCCCCGUCCACAUCCCCUCUUGUCUGAAACUGCAACAACUUACACUAGCACUUACCCCUGACUCGUCUCCAGUCAUCUCCGAGGGAAGCGCUCAGGGGUGAAUCAAGGAAUAGCCACCUUACCUCCUCCUCCUUGUCGCCUGUCACAAUGCCCCGUAUCUAUUUCUCUCGCGAUUCUAAAGACCGAAAACAGGCUGGAGAUGAAUCAACAUUCGCCAUUGCUUGAGUCAACAUUCGAUCACUGACAGACAUAAAAAGACCGCAAAUGUCGUUUGCAAUCCAAUAUCUGAUCAAACCUCUAAGUUUUGUUGCUAUCUAUGUAGGGUAAUUUUGUAGUAUCAACUGAGUUGAUAACGUAAAUUGGCCACCGUAAAGAGUUACAUAGCUGACGUUUCGAGCGCUAGCUCUUUGCCAGAGCAAAUGACGAAGGGCUAUGCUAGAAACGUCAACUUUGAAACUCUUAAUGGUGGCCAAUUUACGUUAUCAACUCAGUUGAUACUACUUAAUUACCCUGUUAUACUCUCCCACCGAUGCAACACCACAGUUUCUUUAGAAACUUACCCCCUUUAUCCAUUCUACAACAUGCGCUUCAACUGGAAGGAGAUUUUAACAAAUAUAUUCGUUGCUGGUAAACCCGAAAUCGUAAACUAUGUUAUAUCUCAGGUACACUAUUCUUGUGGUUGCUCUGGCCCAGUUUCAACGCUGCGUUACUGCCUCCAGAUUACGUCGCUCAACAUCGCUCCAUCAUCAACACUUACUUCUCCUUAACUGCAUCCUGUGUUGUGGUUUUUGUGCUGUCGCCUAUCUUUCAGAGAAGUGGCGGUAAAUGGAAAAUAAGUAUGGUGAGAAAAAAAUUAGUCCUUUCGAUUCUUAGAGCUCGCGACACGGUUGCGCCUAAAGCAGGAGGGAAGAUUGGGUGAUUAAUAUGACCUCCUGUCGGUCAAUAAAAAGGGAUAAUUAUAUAAAAACUGAACGACAGCAAACCAGUAUGCUCGACCACUACGAUGUUAGUUCAAGAUCUUCCCUCCCGGGUGAGGCCUCAAACUAUUCACAAUUCUUGCAAUAUGAUAAACAAAUGCACCCACAAGUCAUUCAAACUUUGGCAAGAAAAAAUACGUUUGGAGAACCCUGAUAAUUUUAACUAGAGACUCGUUUAGUAAAAUAUGAAAAAAUGGAGAAGAUUCACUAAAUAAAUGGUUACAAAAUUUGUAGCAGUGUACAUAUUUUGAAGUUUUAAAAGCAGCUGCUUUCUUUUUUUUAGGUUCAUGUUCAAAACGCUAGUCUGGCCGGCGGCGUUGCCGUGGGAACAACAUCUAACAUGUUUUUGACACCUUUCGGAGCUCUUUUAAUUGGUUGUUGCGCCGGAGCACUGAGCACUGUGGGAUUUUCCUAUUUGACAGUAAGCAAAAUGAAUGUGUUUGAUUUUAGAUAACACGUCUACUUAGUAAGUGUAAUCACAGCAGCCUAUUUAAAACAACCUGAGAUAAAACGCAAUAUCCCUUACUUUUUCUUUGUCAUUUUAAGUUUUUUUCCUGAACAUGUACAAGAAAGGUUACUUUCCGCAACCUCGAACCCAGGCUGCAUCCAAAGGAAUGGACUUGUGCUGACAUAACACUGUGAUUUUACCCUGGUUAAUAAUAAUCUCCCUUUUCUUGAACCACACCUGGGGAUCUCUAAGGGAAGGUCGAAACGAUUAUUUACCGGCCUGGAGGUCCGCACGGUGAAAAACUGUGAACAAAGUCUGAGAAAUGCUCCCUGAGGCCACAGGUCGGGGGCAACAUUUUUAAGUCCACGCUAAGUGUGCAGUAUUUGUUACCAUGACCUGUCAGAGAAUGAAUCAAAAGGCUGUACUCUAUAAAGUUUCUUUCUUGUGAAACUAAAGCAAUCAAGAGGUGUUUUAAUGUAAUGUUGAGUGCAAAAUCUUGUCAACAUAUAAAAGCUAAUCUUUCUAUUUUCAACUCUUACCUCAUCCGUAGUCAUUCUUAACCAAGUCUCUCAAAAUCCAUGACACAUGCGGUGUGCACAACUUGCAUGGAAUUCCGGGAAUUUUCGGUGGCAUUGCGGGCGCAAUUAUUACUGCGCUUGCACAAGUUGACUCAUACGGAUACGAAGGGUUUGUAGUUUCCUCUCUUUUGCAACAGAUUUUGUAUACAUUGCCACUCAGAAAACCAAACCUAACGUGACAAAGCAGCCAAUCUGAACGAAGAGAAAUAUCACACACGAGCCAAUGAGAACUCGAUAUACAAACAUAUCCUGAGCGCGGGAAAACGCGGGUGACCAUGUCGUGAAUGGUUAAGUUUUCCAUCUUCUUGGCUGAGUGGCUGACUACUCUCGACACGUUCUCUUUUAUUUUCAGUCUAUUCAGUGUGUGGGGUGCGCGAGCUCCGAAGAUGAACUCAACUGAUUACUGGGCGCUGAAGAAUAUGAGUGUGAAGUUUGAUGUGGGAGAUGAACGCUCAGCCUUUGUUCAGGCUGGUUACCAGGUCGCUGGUAUUAUGGUUACUUUAGUCAUCUCUAUCUUUGGAGGAAUUGUGACUGGUAAAAAUUUUUUAGUGAUAACAGUUUUAUCGAAAAACAGAAACGAAGCAAUGCGGUGGGUGACUGAAAAGCUGUACCAACAUGCUUCAACAAGUCUCAGUUACUGCGAAAGUUGCCAUUAGAGAUUAAAAUUGAUUUCCUAAAAGCGACCCUCAUUAUGAAAUAGACUCGACAUAUUGAAACUGGUUUUCUCUAUUUAGGUUUGAUUGUUAAAAGAGAGAUCUUUGAUCCACCAACUGAAGAACAGCUGUUCGAUGAUGAGGAUUUUUGGGUGGUGAGUGUGUAUUGAGGCUUGAUAACUGUUGAAAUUCGGUACUAAUCACUUAUGUGUAACAAGGGUCUAAAAUACACGAGAGGGAAUGAGACCGAUACUCGACCCAAGCCUCUUUUUUGUGCGCUUUGUGUUUUAUACACAUGGGCGAGAACUAGACACCACGAAAUUUGCAAGGCUCUGUGUUAUAACUAACACUCAUUGACCGAUGUGGAGGUGAAUGAUGGUGGGUAUGUAGCAAGUUGCAAUGCGGCGAGAUAAAUAUCCACCACUUUCAACAACACUGAGGUGAAUAAUUGUGUUAGUAGAUACCAGACAGAAACAAAAAAAAAUAGUUUAUAUUGCCAAUAUACCAAAAAAUGGAUAGAAAUUUAAUUGUCGACGCGCGAUUUUGUCUCUUUGGCUACUCGGAGGUGAAUAGUUCUUAUCAAUCACUUCCGAACCGGCCAAUCAGCGCGCACGAAAAGUACUAUUCACCUUUGAGGUACAGUAUAUACUAAUUAUUCAUUCUUAACAUUAGCAUUUGUUUCUUUUUCUGACAGCUCCCACAGAAACAUAUUGAGGGAUACGAAAACAUUGAUUGA